AUGUCUCAACAAGUAUCAAGUGUUAGAAGAAAGUUAGUUAUUGUUGGUGACGGUGCCUGUGGUAAAACUUGUUUGUUGAUUGUCUUUUCUAAGGGACAAUUUCCAGAAGUUUAUGUACCAACAGUUUUUGAAAAUUAUGUUGCCGAUGUUGAAGUUGAUGGUCGUCGUGUUGAAUUAGCCCUUUGGGAUACUGCAGGUCAAGAAGAUUAUGAUAGACUAAGGCCUUUGUCAUAUCCGGAUUCAAACGUUGUUUUAAUUUGUUUCUCAAUUGAUUUACCAGAUUCUUUGGAAAAUGUUCAAGAAAAAUGGAUUGCAGAAGUUUUACAUUUCUGUCAAGGUGUUCCAAUUAUUCUUGUUGGUUGUAAAGUUGAUUUGAGAAAUGAUCCAAACACCAUCAAUGCAUUGAGAGAAGCUGGUCAACAACCUGUUGCUACUUCCGAAGGUCAAGACGUUGCUGACCAAAUUGGUGCCACCGGUUACUUUGAAUGUUCAGCAAAGACUGGUUAUGGUGUUAGAGAAGUAUUUGAAGCCGCUACUAGAGCUUCUUUAAUGGGAAAAUCAAAGGAAAAUGGUAAAGCUAAGAAGAAUUCUUCAGAUAAGAAGAAGAAGAGAAAGUGUACCGUCCUAUGA